UAUCACUGACUUCUAAGCUCCAACACGUGCGGGUAAUGCCCUGUCCCCUAACAGUCUGUAAAACAUGAGUUCGCAAAGAGGCAACGUCAGGAAAACUGGCCCACCGAAACAUCAAAACAAGAAGGCUUUCAAGAAUUCACUUCAUGAUACCAGCAAGAAGACAAAGGAGAUAAACUCACUGGAAGUCACAGGGGUGUGUGCCAGAUGCAAAGACAUCAUUGACUGGAAGAUCAAGUAUAAGAAAUAUAAGCCUCUCACUGUCCCAAAAAAGUGCACAAAAUGUGAACAGAAAUCAGUUAAGAGAGCAUACUACAUGAUUUGCACAGACUGUGCAAAACAUCAUGGGGUUUGUGCAAAAUGUGGAGAAAAGAAAGAUAUUGUACAAGGGCCAGGCUUGUCAGCUGAAGAAGAGGCUUCAUUAAACAGUCAGCUCCAGCAGGAGUUAAAAAUGUUGCCAGAAAGGAAACGGAGAACUUUUUUGAGACUUCAAGCUGAAGGCAAGCUUUCUGACACUGGUUCUGCUGCUACAUUUGAGGACAACAGUGAUCAGGAUACUGAUGAAGACUGCCAGUCAGAGGAUGAAAUAGGCUAGAUAGCAAACCUGAAAGAGGCCUGAAGAGUCAUAUUUCUAACAGGGUUACAUUCACUGAUUCAUGGAUAGUCACAAGGGAUAAGGGCAUCACUUUGCUACAUAUCUGCCACUCUUGAUGAACCAGUGUCACACAUACCUCAUAUUCAGCUGUAUAUGUCCAAAUGGAAAAUUGAUAUUUUCCUUAUGCUCAAAUUCUUAAAAUACAGCUACUGUGUUUGUCGAUAAACAACCUUAUGUUGUACAAGCAAAAAUAUUGUUUAGAGGUGUAGUGCCAAAUUAAGUUUAAAUAAAGUCCAAUACUUGGGGCGUGACUUUUUAACCAAGUUAACAUUGUUAUCAACAUGUACCCUUGUAGUGGGAAGUUUAAGUAUGGGAUAUAGAUCUUUCAAGGAAGAUUUGAAAUUGUGAGGUAGUUUGCAAUUGUUGGAGCAUGUUCACAAUGACACCAUUCAGCAAAUCCAAUGCUGUAAGAUCAGAAUUGUCGCCCUAUUUUGGGAAGUACAGUUUUGGGUAUUUUUGCAAGCAUUUUGAAAUAACAUUAGCUCGAAGGGACAAAUGAAGUAGAUGAAAAUGUUAAAGGUUGCUUAAAGGGAUAAAAACUCAUUUUUGCCAAAAAAUGGAUUUUCCCAGAGUAAAGGACAAUUUUCCCAUACUUACCAAU